AUGCCACGUGUUGGCUAUUAUCGCCAAGAUUUACUUGUUUUAUUCCAAGUCAGAUUUAAUUUCUUGGCAUUAAAAAUAAACAAGCGGACUCAGGCGGCGGCGGUGACGGCAGCAGAGAGGGAGGCGAUGACGGGCGCGCGGCCGUCCGCUGCAGAGAAGCGCCGAGCAGGGGAGCGCGGCUGUGGUGGUGGCGGCGGCUCGCCCGGGUGUGCAGAGCGGGAGAGGCGCCGCGGCGGCGGGCAAAGAGCAGCGGCCGAGGCGGCGCCGGGGCGGAAGCGGUCGCCGGAGUUGGCGGCGGCGGGCAGCAUGAGCGGGGCGCCGGGCGCGGGUCGGGCGCUGGCCGCGCUGCUGCUGGCCGCGUCGGUGCUGAGCGCCGUGCUGCUGGCCCCCACCGCUUCUCCGGAGCGCGGCGCCGAGUCCGCGCCGCUGCCAGACUCAGACAGCAGAAGGCAUGUGGAGUUGAGGAUGGAUGAGGCUUUGCUGCUCGUUCAUAACGAACUUCUUGACACAAACUUGAGUGUCUACUGGAAUUCCGAAUGCUGUUAUCACUGCUUGUAUCAGGUUCUAGUAAAUAUUUCAAGGAGUAGAAAACCUGGGAAGCCUAGCAUUGCAGCUGUGGCGGUGAGCACCCAACAUGGAUCCUUCCUGCAACUUAUGGAUACCUUGGAUGAGAGAGAAGUUUGUCGUCUGGAAUACAAAUUUGGGGAAUUUGGAAAUUAUUCUCUCUUGGUAAAACGCCUGCAAAAUGGAGUCAACGAAGUUGCCUGUGACAUAGUUGUCAAUGAGAAUCCAAUUGACAGUAACCUUCCUGUGAGUAUUGCGUUCCUUGUUGGUCUAGCACUCAUCAUUGCAAUAUCCUUUUUAAGGUUCUUACUAAGUUUGGAUGACUUUAAUAAUUGGAUUUCUAAAGCAAUAAAUUCUCGAGAAACUGAUCGCCUCAUCAAUUCUGAUCUGGGAUCUCCAAGCAGGGCAGACGCUCUCAGUGUUGAUGCCCAAUCAGAAACAUGGCGCCCGUCUGCACCACUGCACCGCCUCCGCUGUGUGGACACGUUCAGGGGGAUAGCUCUCAUACUCAUGGUAUUCGUUAAUUAUGGAGGAGGAAAAUAUUGGUAUUUUAAACAUGCGAGUUGGAAUGGACUGACGGUGGCUGACCUUGUGUUUCCAUGGUUUGUAUUUAUUAUGGGGUCUUCGAUUUUUCUAUCAAUGACUUCCAUACUGCAGCGGGGAUCCUCAAAAUUAAAAUUGCUGUGGAAGAUUGCAUGGAGGAGUUUCCUGCUAAUCUGCAUAGGGAUUGUUAUUGUGAAUCCCAAUUAUUGCCUUGGUCCAUUGUCUUGGGAUAAGGUGCGAAUUCCUGGUGUACUUCAGAGACUGGGAGUGACUUACUUUGUGGUUGCUGUGUUAGAGCUCCUCUUUGCUAAACCUGUGCCUGAAAAUUGUGCCUCGGAGAGAAGCUGCUUUUCUCUUCGGGACAUCACACUCAGCUGGCCACAGUGGCUCUUCAUUCUCAUGCUGGAAAGCGUUUGGCUGGGCUUGACAUUCUUCUUACCGGUUCCUGGAUGCCCCACUGGUUAUCUUGGGCCCGGUGGAAUUGGAGACUUGGGGAAAUAUCCAAAUUGUACUGGAGGGGCUGCCGGCUACGUUGACCGCUUGCUCCUGGGCGAUAAUCACCUCUACCAGCACCCUUCCUCCAAUGUGCUUUACCACACCGAGGUGGCCUACGAUCCGGAAGGAGUCCUGGGAACCAUCAAUUCCAUCGUGAUGGCCUUCUUAGGAGUCCAGGCAGGAAAAAUACUGUUGUAUUAUAAGGAUCAGACCAAAGACAUCCUAAUUAGAUUCACUGUCUGGUGUUGUGUUCUAGGCCUGAUUUCUGUGGCUUUGACAAAAAUUUCUGAAAAUGAAGGCUUUAUUCCAGUAAACAAAAAUCUCUGGUCCAUUUCAUAUGUCACCACGCUGAGUUCUUUUGCCUUUUUCAUCCUGCUGAUGCUGUACCCUGUGGUGGAUGUGAAGGGGCUGUGGACAGGGGCCCCCUUCUAUUACCCGGGAAUGAAUUCUAUUCUGGUGUAUGUCGGCCAUGAGGUCUUUAAGAACUACUUCCCCUUUCAGUGGAAGCUGGGGGAUAACCAGUCGCACAAAGAGCAUCUAAUACAGAACAUAGUCGCCACUGCACUCUGGGUGCUCAUUGCCUACGUUCUCUAUAGAAAGAAGGUGUUUUGGAAAAUCUGAUAGUUGUGACUGAAAUGUUUUGCUGAUGGACUCUAGUGGGCCUGGGGCUAGUAUCGAAGCAGACUUUGGUAAAGGGAAUUAUGUUAUAUAAUCGAUAGGAUGUGCAUUUCCCGAUUAUUGGAGAAGAUGCUUGACAUCCUCAAACUUGUUGACUGUGACAUGGCUCAUCAGAACUCUGCCUAUGUAUUUGUGACUCACGUAUUUGGAAUGUACUUGUCUUUUUUCUCCAUCUUCUGUGUAAAUGGAUGUUUUUGGAACUUCAUUCUAAGGAGAUAUCACUUAACUUUCCAAAAGGGAGUGACUGUGGACAUUUUGCUUCUGUGAGGGAUAAAACAACCCAAGGUCUGAUUCUUACUGAUCUUGUUUCCUCGCAAACUGCCUUUUCAUGCAUAUACAGGCCAACAGAGAAUACCAUCAUUUCUGUUAUGGUGUCUAUAAAGCUUACUGAAAGUGAUAUGUGUAAUAUAGUCCAAUAUUUUUUAGUGAAGUGUCAUUUAAUGUUUCAGGGAAGCCAGAUAUUAAUUUCAGAUCUGCAAGGCAUUGAGGGGUCCAGAAAAUGCCUUUCUAUCAGAAGCCAUGUUCUCCUUUUUCCUGCUUGAAAAAAAAAUUAAAUAUAGAUGUGUUAUUCCCAACCGUUCUUGCCUAUAAUUAUCCAUCCAUCCAUCCAUCCAUCCAUCCUUCCAUCCUUCCAUCUCCAACCGUCUGUCUGGUGGCUGAGUACCCAGGGAUGUGGCUGGGUAACAGAGGAAAGCACACUGCCCUUGCUCGUGGGUCCAGCUUUGCCAUCACCAUUUUGUAAUACUCUGGGCAAGUUCCUUGGCCUGUUUGGACCUCGGUUUCAUCAUCUGUGGAAGGAGGGGGUUGGAGAUGACCUCUCAGUUCUCUUCCAGCUCCUAGUAGACUCGGUGAGGUGUAGGGUACAUCAAGAGCUUUUCUGAAAACCUUAGAAAAAUACUUUUAUUAUAGAAAAUUCUUCAAAUAAAAUGUUAAUGAAAAGUUAAAAAAAACUCUUAUUGGAGUAAAUCUUUGCAAAAUGACCCUCCACAGUGGAGGCACCUUUCCUGUUCUCAAUCACAAAACUGUGGAAAUAGUUUCUCAGGAGUUAAGGUAGGAGAACAUACAAAGAGAAACAGCACUUUCCAUAUGAUGCAUCAUCAUGCUUAUGAAUUUUCUGUGAGAAUUCCAUAUUUAAGGGAAAUGAGACAAUAGGGUUGCACUUUAGACCACCCUUCUGUGGUGAGAUGGUGCCAUCUCAACCUGUUCCACUGCUUCGACUGCCACCUACAUGGAUGAAUUCCCAGUCUGUUCCCAGCUCUGACUCCCGCCCUGCCCCUCAUCCUGCCUGGUACCUGCCCACCUCACCCCUCCAACCAGCAUCUCAGGCUCACCAUCUUCCCUUUUCUCCCUCUCCAAAUUCAAAUAUUUUCCUCCUCAGUUUCCUCUGUCUCUAGGUUUAAAAAUUGUCACCUUUUCACCCACUUUACUUCCUCUGUCCCCCCUUUUUCCAUAUUCAUUCACUGCCAGUCCUCUCAAUUCUUUAACUUUUUCAUUCUCAUUGUCAUUACCUCGUUACUGUAGUCCAGAAUCUUGUAAUCAUAAACUGGCCUCUCUCCACAAAGUCAUCUAUUUGUUGCUACCAGAUUAAGCUUUAUAAAGCAGAGCUUGGGUCAAAUCACCCCUCUUCAGAUACCUUCCAUUAAAGUUGAAAUGUCUUUGCUUGGCACACAUAACCAUCCUCAGAUGAGCCCAACCCAUCUUUCCAGCUUUCUUUCCCCAUCCCCUUUUACCAUCCUUCUUACACCACUUCAGUGAGAUUCCUCACAACCUCUAAUAAAUUAGUACCUCCUACAUCUGACUUUCCUUAUAAUCUUCCUGGAUUACCUUCUCCCCUUAAUUUUCCCGUGUACAUUUGACCUAUCACUUUAAACUCCACACUUCCAGGGAGCCUUCUCUAAACUCUUACUCUUAUCCAAAAGUACUAUUUUCUUCCUCUGGGUUCUAAUAAUAUUUUAUUGGUAGCAAUCUCAAGGCAUUUACUGCUUACUGCUUUGAUUGUUAUUUGUGCACACAUCUAGUUUCCCACGCUAGACUUGAGCUUGUUAAGGGCAAGAAUUACACCUUGAUCAUCUGUGUAUUUUUCAUGGCACCAAACACAGUGCCUUGUGUGCUGUCUCUAAAUAAACAAUUAUUAACACGAA